UGACAACUAGCCCCUGUCCCCCUUUUUGGUGUGGAUUGAUAAUGCAGAAUGAUUGUGUGGUAAACAAUUAAAUGUUAUAUUUGUCUUGAUAACGUUGUUGAUUACCCCUGACUAAUUUUAAAGAAGAAAUGUGGCUAUUUUCAAAACUAUGUGCAUUUAAAGUAGCCUAUGUGGAAUAGGCAGGUGAAAUUUCGCUAUUGGCAUGUGUGCAAAUCCAUCUCUCAUCCUCUCGCACACUACAGACACAGAGCAGUGUUGUCUUCAGCUCGCCGUGAGUGGACUGUUACCGAGGGAGGGACACGCAGAUGCUCCUUCAUGAGGAGUAAAGCAAUACAUCAGCGACUCCAGCGCGGUGCCAAAUGUUUCUAAUUCGGUUUCUGCGACCGUUUCCCGCAGGAUGCCGUUUGGGAAAAAAUGCGCAUAUGAAAUAAACGUGGGUGGGAUCCCUUCUGCGUUGGCCACUGGAUCUAUGAUAACGAAACUGCGAGCUGCAUUUGGAGAAAUGCUGGAAAAUAUAUCUGUAUUCUGAGCAAACUGGAUGGGCUUUUCUGAGGGAAAUAGCGCCGGUGUGAAUGGACGCUUUGUCCUUUGCGUCUUUUUUCAUGCCCUUGUUCUUUAUCCGAGGGGAUUGUAAACGCAUUUCUCAUCAGAUGAUCUAAUUUUCGUGUUUAUGUACUAAAUACGACGAUAUCGUACUGUUUUUACCUCAGUCGAUGUAGUUAUAUGGCGUGUUUCCUCUGAGGCGAUCCGACGUGAGGUGAAAAGUCUGACCGGACCUCCUUCAGAAGUAAACCAUCAACAUUUAUGGAUUGUUCGAGAAUUUAUCAUUCUAACGGUGUUUUGGAAGUCUAAAAAAUAUUGGAUUAAAUCGCCUUUAUUAAUCAAAUGUGCUGAAACCGAAAGUCUGUUGUGGGAUUUCAAAGAUCGUUUGAAUCGAGGGAGCCGUUUGGAUUGAAGAACCGUUAAGAAUCGCCGUUAAGAUUUUCGCGCCACUUUCUGCAUUCGGAUGAGAUUUCUUGGUCUAUAUUCAUACAUUUAUCGUUUUAUAUGUAUUAUAGAAUAUAUUUAUUCUGGUGAGCAUAUUGUUACGAGACUCUGGACCCAGAGGAGGUGAUUUAGACAUCAUCUAUCAGAAGAUCUCGGACAUUUCUGUGCUGCUCUGAACUUGAGAGGCGUUUGGAUGCUCCAGGACGGAGGUGGCAUCACUGCAGUUUCCCAGAAGCCCUUGAAAAGACAAGCAAUGCCCUUUUGAGAUGACUGACACUGGAACAAACUUCAUAUCUGGACCAGGAAGCUGAUGAAUUAUGGAGAGGCUGGUGUUUUAUGUGCUAGUGUUCGGCGCGCUGGUGAAGGCUCAGCAUUGCCCGGGUCGCUGCAUCUGUCAGACCAUCUCACCCACGCUCACGCUCCUCUGUGCCAAGACCGGACUGCUGUUCGUGCCGCCGACCAUCGACCGCAAGACCGUGGAGCUCCGGCUGACUGACAACUUCAUCACGGCUGUCCGCAGAAAAGACUUUCUGAACAUGACGAGCCUGGUGCAUCUCACGCUGUCACGCAACACCAUCAGCCAGAUUGCUCCCCACGCCUUUGUGGGUUUAAAAUCCCUCAGAGCGUUGCACAUGGAUGGAAACCGGCUGACUGUCAUCAACAGCGACCAGCUGAAGGGUUUGAUCAACCUGAGACACCUUAUACUGGGCAAUAAUCAGAUACACCACGUCGAGCUGUCCUCCUUUGACGAGUUUGUGUCCACCAUCGAGGACUUGGAUUUGUCCUACAAUAACCUGAGGACGUUACCAUGGGAGGCGAUUGCCAGGAUGACCAACAUCAACACGUUAACGCUGGACCACAAUCUCAUCGACCACAUCGACGUCGGGACCUUCACGCUCCUCACCAAGCUGGUGCGGCUGGAUAUGACGUCAAACCGUCUGCAGACGCUGCCUCCGGACACGCUGUUCCAGCAUGCGCAAGUGCUGUCGGACCCCAAGACGUCCAGCUCCUCCAAGCUGACCGUGAGUUUCGGUGGAAACCCUCUCCACUGUAACUGCGAGUUGCUCUGGCUGCGUCGCCUGACGAGGGAGGAUGAUCUGGAGACCUGCGCUUCUCCAGAGCACCUGAUGGACAAGUAUUUCUGGUCCAUCCAGGAGGAAGAGUUCAUCUGUGAGCCACCGCUCAUCACCAAGCACCAGGUCACCAAACCCUACGUCAUGGAGGGUCAGGGUGUCACCUUGAAGUGCAAGGCAAUGGGCGAUCCCGAUCCUGCCAUACACUGGCGCUUUCCUGACGGCAAGUUAGUGCACAACAAUUCCCGCACCAUCCUGUACGACAACGGCACAUUGGACAUCCUGAUCACCACGCUGAAGGACAGCGGCGCCUUCAACUGCGUCGCCUCCAAUGCGGCCGGAAUCGCCACAGCUGCCGUCGAGGUUAACAUGAUCCCGCUGCCGCUGUUUGUCAACAACACGGGUCACAUGAGGGAGGCGGAUCCGGGGCUCUCUGACAUCACCACAUCCACCAAAUCUGGCAGCAACGACACCAAGCCGCAGAACAAGAGGGUGGUGGUUGAAAACCUGACCGCCAACUCCGCCGUGAUCCACUGGCCCUCAGAACGCCAUAUUCCCGGGAUUCGAAUGUAUCAGAUCCAGUACAACAGCACAGUAGACGACACCCUGGUGUACAGGAUGAUUCCCUCGGCGAGUAAGACGUUUAAGAUAAACGAUCUGGCGGCGGGUCGAGAGUACGAGCUGUGCGUGUUGGCCGUGUACGACGACGGCAUCACGUCUCUGACGGCCACGCGUGUGGUGGGCUGCGUUCAGUUCCACACGGUGGUGGAGGCGGGUCAGUGCCGCUUCAUCCCCAGUCAGUUCCUAGGCGGGACCAUGAUCAUCAUCAUCGGCGGGAUCAUCGUGGCGUCCGUCCUCGUCUUCAUCAUCAUCCUCAUGAUCCGAUACAAGGCUUACAGCGGGGCCGACGCAGCAAAGACAAAAGCACAAGGAGACUCUUCUGUGCACGUGCAUUCACAGACGAACGGAAGCAGACCGGGUCGUUCCGGCUCGAAGCAGCUGGCACAGCAAAGCGAGGAGCGUCCCGAGUCGCCCGCCGGGAAGGACUGUAAGGCACUGGUGCUCCUGAAGAUGGACGAGAUUCAGGAGGAGCUGAAGGUCGAGCUGCCGCCGCUCUGCUCCGAGAAAGCACCGCCGUCCCGGCGGGCCAGUCUGUGUGGGCCGCCCUCCGACGACACGCAGACGGACAGCAGCCUCACGGGCUCCACCAUGUCCCUGUGCCUGAUCGGGCCCGGCGCCGGCGCGACCGAAUCCCCGCGGAAGGGGCCGCUGGCGAACAUGGGACUCCUGCCCAGCGAACUGGCCCGGACUCGGCACCGCUUCUCCUUCGACGGAGACUAUGCUCUAUUCCAGAGCCACAGUUACCCGCGACGGGCUCGAACCCGCCGACACAAAUCCACCACCCAGCUGAACACGGACGUGUCGCCGCCCUGCAGUCGGAGGGUGACGUUCAGCAGCACAGAGUGGAUGUUGGAGAGUACGGUGUGACGGAGUGAACUACACGCAUGUGCAGACAUUAACGGCACGUCUACACACACGUUUGGACAUGUCUACUUAUUAACUUUGUUGCAGUAACACACAGUCUGAAACUCGACACGGGAGCUCUGCUCCGAAACCUAGUGAGCCUGAAAGAAAUUUAGAGCAAGCGUUAAAUUGAUCAAAAGUGACAGUAAAGACAUUUAUAAUGUUGCAAAAGAUUUCUCUUCCUUUGAACCUGCUGUUCAUCAAAGAAUCCUGAAAAAUAAAAUAUAUCACAGUUUCCAAAAA